GCCGGGAGCUGUGGUCCGGCCCCGUCCCGGCCUGCCCCGCGCCGCCGCCGCUGCCGCCAUGGCCGCGAUGUUCUGCGCCCGCCGCCUCGUCCGCCUCGCCCGCCCCGCGCUGCCGCUGCCCCCUGCCCGCGGCUAUGCCGAUCCCGCCGGCGGCCCCGCAGCCAUGGCCUUCACCUUCGCCUCACCCACACAGGUGUUCUACAACGGCGCCAACGUGAAGCAGGUGGAUGUGCCCACGCUGACGGGCUCCUUUGGCAUCCUGGCAUCCCACGUGCCCACGCUCCAGGUGCUCCGGCCGGGUGUUGUCACAGUCCAUGCCGAGGACGGGACGGCCACCAAGUACUUUGUGAGCAGCGGCUCUGUCACUGUCCACGCCGACUCCACGGUGCAGGUGCUGGCAGAGGAGGCAGUGACCAUGGACAUGCUGGACCUGGCUACUGCAAAAUCCAACCUGGAGAAAGCCGUGUCAGAGAUGGCAGCAGCGUCCGAUGAAGCUGCUAAAGCAGAAGCUCAGAUUAAGGUAGAAGCUAACGAAGCCCUGGUGAAGGCUCUGGAGUAAAUCCAGGAAUUGUGGAUGCAGAACUCCCAGCCUGUCCCUGUUGUGCUCCCUGGCUGUACAGAUGGAACGGGACAAAUGGAGGCGGAGAAAUGGUUCUGAUCAAUUAAAAGGAAAUGUGACCCCC